CUUUACCACAGGUGAUCAGGUAUCAGGCUGCUCUCAUGACUUGUCAUUUCUUAACACGUUUCAUUGUCCUCAUCUACACCCUUCAGAGAGGUUGAUCAAUGGCUAAGUUACCACUACUUUUCAUCGUCUUUGUGGCUUUUACAGGUCUAACUGAGGGUGUUGGUGUGUUGCCAGAUGGUCCUCUGAAUGCAGCUGUUGACGGGACGUUCCUGUUCUCUACAUCACUGACUCCAACAGAAACACCAUUUGCAGCUGUGAGCUGGCAUCUUGGUGUAAAAAAUAUAAUAACCUCACAUGCUGGCUCAAACACAACUUCACCAGAGUAUGAAGACAGGAUAACCCUAUUCCUAUCUACUGGAUCUCUGGAGCUCAGGAACCUGACUGAUGCUGACAGUGGAGAGUACAACGUUAACAUUGUACCAUUUACUGGAGACGCUUUAUCAGGACGCACCACACUGAACAUAUAUGAGCCAGUCUUCAAUGUAUCAGUACUUCCCAAAAGUGCAGACGUGGUUGAAUUCACUUCUGUUAGUCUGUCCUGCUCCUCCUUUGGAUCCUCCAUUUCUUUCCUCUGGCUGAACGACACCUCUGAGGUUACAGCCAGUGACAGAGUUCAUCUCAUUGAUGGAGGCUCCACUUUGACAAUAGUCAACGUGACUCGCUAUGACCAGCAACCAUUCAGGUGUCAUGUGUUAAAUCCUGUCAGUAAUGGCACCAGUGAUCCUGUAAACAUCAUGGUCAGCUUUCAGCUUCCUGUGCCUACUGCCUCAGUUAACUCAUUUUGUGCUCCCUUUACCAGCCUGGACUUCCACCUUCUCAAAUCUCUCUCUGUCAACCCCUCUCAAGCCUCAGCUAUCCGUUGCCACUCCGGAUCCUUCCCUGUUCCAAACAAUUCACGGUCCACCUGGUUCUGGUCGCCACAGACCACUUCACGCCGUCUCCUGCUCCAGCCCACGCCACACCACUGUCCACCUCUGCACCUGCUGACGACUUCCCCCAGUUCUCCACUCGGUUUCCUGUCAGUUAAGUUCCCCAAUCAUGAGCCAGGCUGGUUGUCUUUAGAGUAUUGUUGA